UCUGUGUGUGGUACUGCAAGCAGUGGAGAGACUGGGCAGAGUGAACGCAGGCGGCUGGCAUGCUUGAAUGUCAAACUUUUCAAUUUCUAACCUCUUCAAACUCACAAAUACGGAUUUUGUGAUCUACACCCUCUUGACUUUGAAUAACACGGGACCACCAAAGACAUUUUUUCUGACCAGCGGACAGCGGCGAAGACACAAUCGACUGCUGUCCGACGUCCAAUCGGGAAAGCAGUCUCGAGGCGAUUCGAGCUGCUCCUGCGAUUACCACACGUUCAAAGGAGCUCACAUUGGAUUGUCCCUAUCUUCCGACUGUUUACUAACUAGAUAGUUAUUCUAACCAUAAAGUCGCGACCCUAGGACUCUGACGGUUCUAACGUUACCUUGCAAGGAAUAAUUGCUGUUGCCUACUCGUAAUCGUGGACGGAGGUUGAGGCGUUGUGGAGACAAAAGGAUAAGGAGAUUAAAAAUCAGCACCCAGAUCGAAAGAGCAAAAGGAUUGGGUCGAAGAGUGUUUUCCUCCGACUGAAGACUGGGCUUUGUCCGAGCGCCUGUGUGUGCUGGGAGGGGUGGCGGGCCGUUGCUCAUCUGCUCGGAUUACUGGAAAACGCCAGAUUUCCUGGAUUUCCCAUUUGAAAGGAUACAUUGAAGAUGUAUCCACAAGGCCGGCAUCCGGCACCUCACCAGCCAGGUCAGCCUGGAUUCAAAUUCACCGUUGCAGAAUCCUGUGAUAGGAUCAAAGACGAGUUCCAAUUUCUGCAAGCCCAAUACCACAGUCUGAAGGUGGAGUAUGACAAACUGGCCAACGAAAAGACAGAGAUGCAGCGCCAUUACGUCAUGUACUAUGAAAUGUCUUAUGGGCUCAAUAUCGAAAUGCACAAACAGACUGAGAUUGCCAAGCGUCUCAAUGCCAUUCUUGCUCAAAUCAUGCCUUUCCUGUCACAAGAGCACCAACAGCAGGUGGCUCAGGCUGUUGAGCGUGCCAAGCAAGUGACAAUGACCGAGCUGAAUGCCAUCAUCGGGGUACGUGGACUUCCCAAUCUGCCUCUCACCCAACAGCAACAUGCUGUCUACCCAGCCCUGAUGGUUAGUAAUUGGGGUGUGUGUGGGGAGUGGUGUUGGAUGCGGGAAGCUGAUAUGUUGACCUCCAUGUCCCUCUGUGUGCUUUAUUGUGGCAUGCCAAGUGUGUUGCUGGUGGUUGGCUGGCUGACUGGUGCUCUUCCUCACUCACUCUCCUCUCUCCCGCCUGCCCACCUGCAGAACCGUGACAACUACAUCCGCUCGUGUAAGCUGUUGCCGGACGGCGUUACGCUCAUCGUGGGCGGGGAGGCGAGCACGCUGACCAUCUGGGACCUGGCGUCGCAGACGCCGCGCAUCAAGGCCGAGCUGACCAGCUCUGCCGCCCCCGCCUGCUACGCCCUGGCCAUCAGCCCCGAUGCCAAGGUGUGCUUCUCCUGCUGCAGCGACGGAAACAUCGCCGUCUGGGAUUUGCACAACCAGACACUCGUCAGGCAGUUCCAGGGCCACACUGACGGAGCCAGCUGCAUCGACAUCUCCCACGACGGGACCAAGCUGUGGACGGGCGGCCUGGACAACACGGUCCGCUCCUGGGACCUGAGGGAGGGACGCCAGCUGCAGCAGCACGACUUCACCUCACAGAUCUUCUCCCUGGGUUACUGUCCGACGGGCGAGUGGCUGGCCGUUGGCAUGGAGAGCAGUAACGUGGAGGUUCUCCACCACACCAAGCCAGACAAGUACCAGCUGCACCUCCACGAGAGCUGUGUACUCUCACUCAAGUUUGCCUACUGCGGUAAAUGGUUCGUGAGCACGGGGAAGGACAAUCUACUGAAUGCCUGGAGGACCCCCUACGGUGCCAGCAUAUUCCAGUCGAAGGAAUCCUCCUCCGUCCUGAGCUGUGACAUCUCUGCCGAUGACAAGUACAUUGUGACGGGCUCUGGUGACAAGAAGGCCACUGUUUACGAGGUGAUCUACUAACUCCGAGGCGCCCAGGACUCGAGCCCUCCUUUGGGCUUGGAACAGGGGAGCUGCUUAGACUCCCCUUGCACUCAACUUCUCACACCAGGACCUCCUCUUCCCUCCGCUGUACUAUGCCGGACUCACCGCGGGGCACCGGCUAACUUCGGAUUGUUGAACCAAGACAGCGAUGUCCCUUUGCCUCGCAUCUUACAGUGGAUUUUGGCUUCAGUCUUCAGUAGAGGCUUGCAGAUCUAGCUAACACUUCCACGCCGAGUGCAGCUCCGUUGGCACUAAAGAAGUAAAUAUUGUCAUGCUGUUUUUGAAUCAUUAUUUUUUUGGAGGGGGCGGGGGUCUUCUGGGGUCGUGUUUUCAUCUCGCUGAUUCAUUACCUUUUUUUUUUCCCUCUUUUUUUUUUUUUUUUUUUUUUUAAACAAAAUGAGAAUGUUCUGUGAUG